AUGCUUGCUCCAGCCGAGACAUUCGUGAAGCAAGACACUCUGGGACUAGAUCGCCUAAUGUUCCUCGCACCAACGCCCCCUCCCCUCCAUCUCAUACCACAGAAAAUAAAAAUCAUGGGCUGCUUCCCCUCCACCGCUAGAUCCAAUGACGACCUCCACACCGUCUGCGCCACCGUGGCCACAACGGAAAAGGAUUGCCAGCAGGUACCAGAUGAGAGACAUUAUGAAGAGGUCCUGAGGGAGUCGGAGGUUUAUAAGAGGCUUGAGAAGAAAGAACAGGCAGCUGCUGCUGACGAAGAGAAGAUGAGGCAGGUGAGGAAGUCGUAUGCCCGGCAUCCUGGUUAUGCUGCGAGGGUUUUGUGA